UCAGUUCGCCUUCGCCGUUUAACAUGAGCUUGUGUGUGUGUUACUCUGACUCCCGUCGUGCUUCAUUUCUUUAAGUUGUGUGUGUGUACGUGUGUAUUUAUCAUUUUAAACAAAUUUUUACUUGGAGACUUGACAGUGCACAGGUACAUACAUAUGUAUGAUGUGUAUGCACUUGUUUUUUUCUUUUUUGUUUUGUUGAAUACAUUUUGUGAACCGUUGCUGGUUUGACGAAACAUAAAUAAAAGGGGAAAAAGGUUGGAGCCUCUGCCAGUCUCUACGUCGGUGUGUAUGUGUGUGUAUAUGUAUGUGCCUGUGUCUCUGUACCUCUCUGCUCUGUGCGGAUGUGCAAGAAGAAAUUGCCCAUAAAAACGCAAACAAAGGAGUUCUUUUUACAUAAACAUACAUACAUGCUUACAACAAAAAUAUAAUGCUAAUUUGGACUAGGACUUUGGUCAAAGUCAAAGUAGCAACUUAAGACAACAAAAAAAUACCGUAACAAAAAAACAAUAAAAACUUAGAAAAAGGAACAAAAGCAACACGAAGAGACAUAACCAAAAAUUUUCCCCACAUCGAAAAUAAAAGAGAGACAAACAGACCGACGACCAGUGUCAGCCAGAGACGAAGAGAGAGAAAGACACAAGGAAAAUAAGAAGAGCGCAUGCUAGGAGCACCAGCAACGGCAGCAUCAGCGGCAGGAAGAAGAAGACGACUAAGUGAGAAAAGUGAAGUGUACGGUGGAACUGAGGAGAAGACGUAAACUGAUGCUGGUGGCAGAGUUGCCGACGCCAUUAUAAUAAUAAUCUACCUCCAAAAACUAAAACAACAACAAAACUAAACAAUCGACAUCAAGAGGAAUUAAUUUCGGUGCAACGAUCUUCAUCUUCAUAUUCAUCAGUAGCAACAGCAACAACAGCAACAACAACGUCGUCGUUUUUUCGUCGACGUCUUAUCAACAUCAUUAUUUAUCAUCAUUUAUGCCCAUCUAUUGUGGGUGCAAGGGGGCAGCAGCAGCAGCCGCCGCAGCCAAGGAGUAAAAAAAGAAAAUUUUGAAGAAUUCGGUGUUGGCCGCAGCCGCCCGCUGCCAUUAGUCGUCGUCGCAGCCGCCUUUGCCCGCCAAUAUGGCGUGCCUUAAUACCCUAAAGCAGGAAAUCAAAACUUUGGAAAAAAUUUUCCCCAAGAACCAUGAACGCUUUCAGAUACUCAACUCCAGUGUGGAUGAGUUAUUGUGCAGAUUCAUCGAUAAGAAUGGCAAACGAUAUGAUAUACAUGCUAACAUAACGGAAACUUAUCCAUCAUCACCGCCAGUUUGGUUUGCUGAAAGCGAAGAGACGAGCGUUACAAAUGCUGUUCAAAUACUUAGCAACACAAAUGGUCGUGAUAAUCACGUGAUUAAUCAGGUUGGCAUUUUGCUUCGUGAGCUAUGCCGUUUACACAAUGUUCCACUGCCACCAGAUAUAGAUAAUCUAACGCUGCCGUUGCAAACUCCGCCUCCAUCUGUGUCGCCAUUGCGAUGCGAUCAGAGAUCCGCUGGUGGCGGUGGCGGUGUAUGUGGUAGCGGGGGUAUGGCUGGUAUCGGCGGUGUUGGUGGUAACGGUGGUGUCGGCGGCGUUUGUGGGGGAGUAGGUGGAGGCGUUGGCUCGCAUGGUAAUGAGGAGACCGAUUCCGAUCAAGAGGAAAUCGAAGAUCCCAUUGGUGAGAGCGAACAAGAGAGCGAAGGCGAUGAGGAUUUGCCUUUAGAAAUGGAUGAUGUACGCAGUACAAAUAAAAAGGAUGAUAUGGAAGUGGAACAUUUGGCGACUUUAGAACGACUGCGUCAAAGUCAAAGACAAGACUAUUUAAAAGGUUCCGUUUCUGGUUCCGUUCAGGCAACCGACCGCUUGAUGAAAGAACUACGUGAUAUUUAUCGUUCAGACGCGUUCAAGAAGAACAUGUAUUCAAUUGAGCUUGUCAAUGACUCCAUCUAUGAAUGGAAUAUACGCCUCAAGUCUGUGGAUCCCGACAGUCCGCUGCAUAGUGAUUUAUUAAUGCUCAAAGAAAAAGAGGGCAAGGAUAGCAUAUUAUUGAAUAUAUUGUUUAAAGAGACGUAUCCAUUUGAACCACCAUUUGUUCGUGUAGUGCAUCCAAUCAUCUCAGGUGGCUACGUGCUGAUUGGCGGUGCCAUUUGUAUGGAAUUGUUGACCAAACAGGGCUGGAGCUCGGCCUAUACUGUUGAAGCCGUUAUAAUGCAAAUUGCCGCCACUUUGGUCAAAGGCAAGGCACGCAUACAAUUCGGAGCCACUAAGCAGGCACUAACCCAGGGCCAAUAUAGCCUAGCGAGAGCCCAGCAAAGUUUCAAGUCUCUAGUGCAGAUACAUGAGAAGAAUGGAUGGUUCACACCGCCCAAGGAGGAUGGCUAAAGUUUUAGGAAAUCAUCAUUCCACUUCCAAUUUUCCAUUCCCCUCUCACGCAAAUGCUCCAACUACACCCCCAAACACACACACACACACACACACACGCACGCACGUACACACACACACACACAAGCACAUACACACAGCAACGAUAACACUUGCAAAUGCAGCCAUCACCAUUAGCAGCACCAACAACCAUCACCAAGAGUCACGAUUACUAGCACUAAUUACUAGCACUACACUUGGGCAGCAAAAGAGGAUACUCGGGAUCAAAUCCGGUUGCCUGGGAGAGUCUCCAUGUGCCUGCCUCCGCUUUUCCGCAACGAAAAUGGGAUGAUCAAUAUAUAUAUACAUAUAUACAUAUAUGCAAUAUUUAAUUCAAUUCAGCAACAACAAAAAGAAACAAGAAGAACAACAAAUAGCCAUACAUUUAUAUACAUAUAUGCAACAUGCAACAUUCAGUCUAGGUUUUUAUGAAUUGCUAUAUUAAGUCUAAAACAAAAACCAAUGUUUCGUUCUGUAUCUCUGUAACUGUUGCAAAAUUAUGCGUGUGUAUAUGUACAUGAUAUAACAAAGAUGUGUAUAUUAUACAACUGUGUCUGUAUUAUCUAACGAUUUCAAAUUUGAUCACAUUUAAAUUCUCUGCAUAUAUACGUGUGUGUAUAUAUAUAUAUAUAUAUGUAUAUAUAUGUAUGUAUGUAUGCACACGCACACACAUACAUUGAUAUACGAGGUAUAUAUGCAGUAUCUGUAUAACAAAAAAUAAACACCUGCAUGUGUGUGUAUGUAAUUUGUAAUAUGUAAUUUUAAAAUGUAAAUCUAAAGGCAAUUGCAGGCAACAUUCCCCCCGCAGCCACUCGUCCACAGCACCCAUCCCACCCCCCCUUGCCUUGCCUGUCUAUGUAUACCCGCCUUCUCAUUAUAUUUACCGAUCAACACACAUUUAAAAUCACCACAUUACCAACCUCCCACUCACAUAUAUACAUAUAUAUAUAUAUAUAUGUAUAUAUAUAUAUAACAAAUUAUACAUAUAUAUAUAUAUAUAUAUAUAUUUAUCUAUAUAUAUUAAUUUAGUUUUACAUUUUAUGUAAUUUUUUUAUGUUUUUUUUUCUCUAGUUUUGAUAAGCGUAAAAUGAUGUGGCAUUAGCAGCUAUUUGCAUAUAUAUAUACACACACACACACACCCACAUAUAUAUAUAUAAAGUAAUUAAAUUUAUAGAUUAUAAGCCCUUAAGUUAAGCAGAAAAGUUAAGAAAAGAAACAAACAAAACGCAUAUAUGUAAUAAUUAAAAGGAACGAAAAUAAUAUUGAUGAGAAUCAGCAAGCAAA